AGAGUAAAUCUUGAAGUUGCUUUUGCACCUACUUGAGCUACGCCCACGUAAUUUUAAUUAAUUAACAUCUAGGGUGUGGCUCAGUGCUGAGCUAUGGCAGUUUAUAUCAGUUCAGUGUUCCUAUUGCUUCUCUGCAGCAGUUCGUUACUACUAGAGGUCUCAGCUGGAGAGAAUGCUGUACUGAAUGUUCACAUAGUCCCUCAUACACACGAUGAUGUUGGCUGGCAGAAAACUGUUGAUGAAUAUUACUAUGGAGCUAAUAAAAGCAUUGCACAGGGAUCAGUACAAUACAUACUGGAUUCAGUCAUCACUGAACUGGGUAAGAAUGAAGAGAGGAAAUUUAUUUACGUGGAAAUGGCCUUCUUCACUCGAUGGUGGAGCGAACAACCUGAUGACAUCAAACAGAAAGUUCAUGAAUUGGUGGAUAGUGGGCAGCUGGAGUUCAUUAAUGGCGGGUGGUGCAUGAGUGAUGAAGCCUCCACUCAUUAUAAUGCCAUCAUUGAUCAGAUGUCCAUUGGCCUGAGGUUUAUUGCUAACACGUUUGGUGUUAGCCCUUCCGUCGGUUGGCAGAUUGAUCCAUUCGGACACUCGUCUUUUCAUGCUACUUCAUUCUCUUUGUUUGGAUUUGACAGUAUGAUGUUUGGUCGGCUUCAUUACGAGGAUGACGAAAUUCGUAGAAACACGUCACAAAGAGAAAUCAUAUGGAAGAGCAGUCCAUCCCUGGGCAACAUUGCUGAUAUAUUUACUGAAGUAUUGUACGGACAUUAUGCUGCUCCUCAUGGUUUCUGCUUUGAUUUAAGAUGCAAGGACCCUCCAAUUAUGGAUGAUAAUAAUUUGUAUGACGAUAAUGUGAAGAGUAGAGUGGAUGAGUUUAUAGAAACUGCACUAACUCAAGCUCAAAGUUACAAGACUAAUAACAUCAUCAUGACAAUGGGAGGUGAUUUCCAAUACGAGAAUUCUCGUGAGUGGUUUGAGAACUUGGACAAACUCAUAGCUUAUGUCAAUAAGAAUGGCUCUAUCAAUGUUAUGUAUUCAACUCCGUCAAUUUACACAAAAUAUGUCAAUAGUGACAAGGACUUUAGACUAUCCACUAAAAGUGAUGAUUUCUUUCCUUAUGCCAAUGCUCCUUGGGACUACUGGACAGGUUAUUUCACUAGCAGACCUGCUUUGAAAGGUUACGUGAGGCAGUGUAAUGCUCACUUGCAAGCAUGUAAGCAAUUGGAAGCAAUUCAUAAUGGAAUGGGAGACAAGGGACCCUCUUCAAUAAAACUACAGCAAGCAAUGGGUGUUGCUCAACAUCAUGAUGCUGUCUCUGGUACAGAGAAGCAGCAUGUUGCUGAUGAUUAUGCCAAGAGACUUCAUGUUGGAGAAGUUGAGUGUCGUUCUGUAAUGGCGACUGUCCUCAAUGAUCUUGCAGCUAAAGGAGCUAAUGCACCUAAAAUGAACUUGAGUUUCUGUGAAUAUCUUAACAUCAGUGUGUGUCCAGUAACUGAGGGAGGAGAUUUCAGUAUGGUAGUGUAUAACUCAUUAGGGCGUCCUUACACUGGUGUGGUUCAUAUUCCUAUUAUAAAGAGGAACAUAAUAGUCACUAGCCCUGAUGGUAGUGCUGUACCAGUACAGGUUGUUCCUAUUAGUAAUGUAACUAAAUCACUAUCACUGAUUGUUACUGGUGAUACAAAGGCUGAAUAUGUUGCUGUAUUUGAAGUGACUGAUGUACCUCCCUCUGGCUAUGCCAUAUACACCAGUGAUGGGAACAACAUUAACAGUACACAGAGAUCAGGUGCUUAUAUAUUCCGUCCGAACAGUUCAGCAACAUUCCCUGUUGGCAGUGAUAAUAAUAAUAAUGCUGAAAUGACUUCCAUUAUGGGUGAUUUGUUGUCUGAGGUUAGGCAGGUUUUCUCCCCAUGGGUAUCUCAAGUUGUUAGAUUGUAUGAGAAUAGACCAGCAGUUGAGCUAGAGUACACUGUAGGACCGAUACCAAUAAAAGAUGGAUUGGGUAAAGAGAUAAUAUCACAUUUCACAACUGACCUUAAGAGUGACUCCACAUUCUAUACUGAUUCCAAUGGAAGAGAUAUGCAAAAGAGAGUGAGGAAUUAUCGGCCUACGUGGAAGUAUAACAAUACAGAACCAAUAGCAGGAAACUAUUAUCCAGUUAAUAGCAGAAUAUACAUAAGAGACGAAAAGAAAGGGAUUCAGUUUACUGUACUCAAUGAUAGAUCACAAGGAGGAUCUAGUAUCACUGAUGGAUCUGUAGAACUGAUGGUUCAUAGGAGGCUCCUGUAUGAUGAUAAACGAGGGGUAGGUGAGCCUUUGGAUGAGCUAGGAGUGAAUGGAAAGGGUUUGAUUAUUAGAGGGAAGCAUCUACUGAUACUUGAUACAAUUGAUGACUCAGCGUAUACUCAGAGAAUGAUGGCUGAAGAAUUAAUGAUGACACCAGAGCUCUCCUUCACUUUAAAUAAUGGACUGCAGUUAGAGCAUUAUAAUCUAAUGUACAAUGGAUUGUCUAUUCCUCUUCCUGAUAAUGUUCAUUUACUGACUCUUGAACAUUUGGAUCAGUCUACAAUUCUCCUUCGUUUGGAUCAUCAGUUUGAAUCAACUGAUCCUGAGAAAUGGUCAACUACUGCUAAUGUUAAACUAAAAGAUCUGUUUGUUGCAUUUGAAAUCAAAGAAGUAACAGAGCUAGGUUUAGGAGGUAACUUAGCUUUAUCUGAUAUAAAGAAACUGCAAUGGCAGACAACAGACAAUGAAACUGUUCCUGGUCCUUUUAAUUUCCCUCCUGUGACUGGUCCUGAUUUUAUUGUCUCAUUGUCUCCAAUGAUGAUACGUACAUUUAACAUUACCAUUGAAACCAGAAACUGACAUAACACUUCUCUUCCUGUACACUAUGCAGUGUUGCUUUUAUACAUUUGGCCUCAUUUUGAUGCUGUUUAAUUUGCUGUAAAUGAAUACAUUAACAUUU